CGGGGAGCGGGCCGCGACUCCGGAAUCUCGGUGAAUCCCAGUCGGCGCCGUAUUCCUAGCUUACAGCCAUGGCCGCCUAUCAGCUGGUGCUGAUCCGGCACGGGGAGAGCACCUGGAACCUGGAGAACCGCUUCAGCGGCUGGUACGACGCCGACCUGAGCCCCGCGGGGCAUGAGGAAGCGAAGCGCGGCGGGCAGGCGCUGCGAGAUGCUGGCUACGAGUUUGACAUCUGCUUCACCUCAGUGCAGAAGAGAGCAAUCCGGACCCUCUGGACUGUGCUGGAUGCCAUUGACCAGAUGUGGCUGCCAGUAGUGAGGACUUGGCGCCUCAAUGAGCGGCACUACGGGGGUCUGACUGGCCUCAAUAAAGCAGAAACUGCUGCCAAGCACGGUGAGGCCCAGGUAAAGAUCUGGAGACGCUCCUAUGAUGUCCCACCACCGCCGAUGGAGCCUGACCACCCUUUCUACAGCAACAUCAGUAAGGAUCGCAGGUAUGCAGACCUCACUGAAGACCAGCUACCCUCCUGUGAGAGUCUGAAGGACACUAUUGCCAGAGCCCUGCCCUUUUGGAAUGAAGAAAUAGUUCCUCAGAUCAAGGAGGGGAAACGGGUGCUGAUUGCAGCCCAUGGCAACAGCCUUCGGGGCAUUGUCAAACAUCUGGAGGGUCUCUCUGAAGAGGCUAUCAUGGAGCUGAACCUGCCCACUGGUAUUCCCAUGGUCUAUGAAUUGGACAAGAACUUGAAGCCCAUCAAGGCCAUGCAGUUCCUGGGGGACGAAGAGACCGUGCGUAAAGCCAUGGAAGCUGUGGCUGCCCAGGGCAAGGCCAAGAAGUGAAGGCAAGGAGGCAGACUGCUAUUCUAAGGAAUGCCCCCCUACCCAUCCCAUUCCUCUGCACUGCUCCCUGCACGUCACACCAACCACACCUGUAGGCAUCUUAAGUUGUAGCUGCAUAUGGGGGACUGGUGGCUCGCAUUUCAGCCAUUUUGUCUCCUGCACCCUCUCCUUUCAUACAGUCUAAUCAGAAUGACACAUCUCGGACAUGGUCCUCAGUCCAGGGCCUAGGGAAGACUUCUCACCCAAGAGAGGUGGCGACUCUAUGGUUUUUGCUGGUGGUUUACUAAGGACCUACUUGAAUAGGGGAUGGGGAGGAAACAUGCUAAGUAUGA